AUGCAACACCUUUCUUUCCUUCAUAUAUUCAGAUGCUACGACGGAUUAUCGCCGAAUUUCAUUCAACAAUGGAUUUUUCGCGUGAUUGAGUUGCCGCCGUUGUCCCAGCCUUUUGAGUUGAUCUUUCGAGGAACAUUUUAUCCACCUAUGGAUGUGAUCGCUCUUACCGAAAUCGAGUACAGCUCAACACUUUGCGGUGAGUAG